GCACGGUCUGUCCAUCAAGGCUCGCACAUAUAUUCCAGACCUGAUGGCCGUAUCUUCGCAGGCAGUCGAAGACGACUCUAGCGGCCCACGAUGGCGCCGCGGCACGCUUUUCCACUCACGUCAUUAGAGUUCUCCCCGUUUGCAGUCAAGUAGAGCCUCAGACGGUCUGGAGCUCCUUGGCGGAUAGAUCGGCAGCAGCUACGUAGGACAACCGUACAGCCACUCAGAAUGGAGACAUGUGUGUAUCUUUUCCACUACCUAUACCACUGACUAUCUAGAUGUCGCGCAUGCCAUGUGGCCAGAGCAGGACGCGUCGACGCUGGACGACAUCUUUUCUAUUCUCAAACUUCGCGACAGGGACUGGCUGCAAGCGACUCUCCAGAAGCGGCUGAGCGUGCUGAAAGCGGCUUACGAAACGCCUCUUAAGCGUCACACGAGAAGUCUCAAGCACAAGCGGGAGUCCACGGACGAGUCUGCAGAAGAUGCGGAGCUACAUUAUGAUCGCGCCGAGAUUGGUCCGUUUGACCUGACAGCAGCAUCUCUGAGGCCCAGGCAAGUUGUUUCUAGUCAUGUGGCAACCUUGCGUUCCCUGGACUGGUCGUCAACCGAGUUGGGACCUAUGUCAACAUGGUCUGCACAACUUCGACGGAGUGUGAAUUUCCUGCUGGUCGAUCCGAGAGCUGCUGCGCUGUAUUGGGGCCCCAGUAAGACAUUAAUCUACAAUGAGCCCUAUCAGUCGGUCCUGGCCGAGAGGCAUCCGUGGGCCUUGGGAAAGACUGCGGACCAAGUCUGGCCAGAGGGUCAUCGAGAGCUCUCAGAUGCUUUCGCCAAGGCUGAAGCGACUGGGCAGUCGAGCAGAGGUGAUCGUGAGGUUUUCUUCCUGAACAGGCGCGGCUUCGCCGAAGAAAUGUACGGCUCUUGGUCCAUGUUACCUGUUGUCGGCGGGACAGGCAUCUUAGGCUUUUACAACAACGUACUGGACUUGACCGAACGCGUUCACGAGGAGCGGCAGAUGGCAACUCUCCUGAAGCUUGAGAGGCAGACCGCCGAUGCAAAGGGCCUUCACGAAUUCUGGCCUGCCAUUAUUGACGGAUUGGAGGUCAAUCGCGAAGAAGCUCCUUUCGUGGCACUUUACUCCGCCGUACCACGAGGACAGGCGCACAGCUCGCGCGCCCCAUCAGUAUCAAGCUCGAGUGGGCUCAUGGAAGCAAGCUCGCUCUUGCCUACACGCCACUGGAGUCUAGAGGGCACGCUUGGGAUUUCCGCCAUUAGUGAAGUCUUUCCAAGCCAGAUCAACACCGAGUGGGCGGUGCAACAUAUCACCCCUUCUUUCAAAGACGCCGUCUUAACAGGUCAGCCCCAAGUUAUCACGAUUCUGCCGGACUCGCACAUGUAUCCCGCCGCCAAAAGUCGUGCAUAUGGCGAUCAAUGCACCUCGGCGAUGCUAAUACCACUUGGCAGAGCUCAGGAAGGCGAUGGAGUUGGCUUUCUCAUCCUUGGAAUCAGCAGUCGACGGCAUUAUGACCUCAACUACAAACAGUUCGUUCGUCUGCUCGCGCGGCAGCUCGUAAGCACACUGUCGGCAGUCCGGCAAUCGGAAGAGGAUGCUAGGAAAGCAAACAUGCAAGCAGAGCUGGCAGCAUUGGACCGGAUCUUGCUGUCAGAGAAACUUGCUCUGACUGAGCAGCAAGCCCGAGAUAAUGAGCGACGUUUCCGGUCCAUCGCUGCUCACAUGCCUAUGGCUAUGUACGAAUUGAGUCCAUCGGGGGAGAUAGUAUACGCCAACGACUCAUACUAUGAGUUGCUCGGUGUUGCUCCUCACGAAAUGUAUCCCUAUAUAUGGGAGGACUACAUCCAUAUCGACGACAAAGUCAUGCAUCAACAGAAAAUCAAUCAACUGAUGGCCGGAGAGUCCGUGCGUUUCGAAGUGAGGCUCAAUCGGAAAUAUGUUGCAGGCGACGCCUUGAGUGGAGAAACAAUAGAAGGCGAGACGUGGUUCCUCUCUGCUGCUUUCUGCGUCAAGUCGGAUGAUGGGACCGUUCAGUGUAUACAGGGGACACUAAUUGACAUCUCAAGGCAGAAGCUGUUGGAGGCAUUCCUUGCGAAACGGCUGGAUGAGGCAAUUGAGCUGAAGAGGCAGCAAGAACACUUCAUGGACUUCGUCGGUCACGAAAUCCGCAAUCCUCUUUCUGCGACCAGCCUGUGCGCAAGCUCAAUACAAGGGACUUUGGAAGACUUACUCAAGAACACGACAUUGAAAGACACGACAGAAACAAUCACGAUAGACAAGGAAACGAUACAGACGCAGAUCGAGAACACAGAGAUCAUCACGACAUGCAUACAACAUCAGAAACGAAUCAUCGACGACAUCCUCACCUUGAGCAAGCUGGAUUCAAACUUGCUCGUCAUCACGCCUUGCGAAACGAAACCGGUAGACCUAAUUGCGCAGUCACUGCGGCUUUUUGAAGCAGAGGUUCAAGUCGCUGAUACACAGCUAAGUUGUGUGAUCGACAAGACCUAUCGAGACCUGGGCAUCGAAUGGGUUAUGCUUGAUCCUAGCAGACUGCUGCAAAUUUUGAUCAAUCUCGUUACGAAUGCCAUACGGUUUACCAAGAACGCGCCAGAGCGGAACAUCACUGUAACACUUGCAGCGAGCGAUACACGGCCUAAAAGCUCGGUGGCAGGCAUCCACUAUCUGAAUCAGCCAAAUGCGCCUUCCGCGACUGAAGAGGAGAAUCAACUAGACGACAGUGUCUACCUUCUUAUUGCGGUCUCGGACACCGGCUGUGGCAUGAAACCAGACGAGCUGGAGCGCAUCUUCCUACGCUUUCAGCAAAGUAGUCACAAGACUCAUAUCGAAUAUGGCGGUUCCGGGCUCGGUCUCUUCAUUUCUCGCGAGCUAGCAAGACUUCAGGGUGGCCAGAUCGGAGUUCAUUCGCAACACGGACAAGGCUCAACAUUCGAGUUCUACAUUAAGACGCGCAAAUGCAAUGCACCGAAGUCUACGCUUGAAGAAGCGGAUCAGGAUGACGAGAGUCAGCAGGUUGGCCAACCCGUUCGACGGAAAAGCUAUGUCCCGCAGAGUCACGCUGAACAUCCUACACAUAUCCUUCUGGUUGAAGAUAACCUCGUCAAUCAAAAAGUCAUGUUCCGGCAGCUGAGGAAAGCCGGCUAUGUCGUACAUGUCUCCAAUCAUGGUGGCGAAGCCCUGGAGCACAUCCGUCGCUCCAAAUACUGUCGCAACGACGGCGUUGAGCUGGACGUUGUGCUCAUGGAUAUCGAAAUGCCAGUCAUGGGUGGCCUGGACUGCACGAAACGAAUUCGAAGCAUGGAGUUGCGUGGGGAGAUCGCACGGCAUAUGCCGAUCGUGGCUAUAACAGCAAAUGCAAGAGGCGAGCAACAAACGCAAGCUCUUGAUGCUGGAAUGGACGCUGUGGUAACGAAGCCAUUUCAGAUGGGCGAUCUAUUGAGUGUUGUUGACAAGAUAUGGAGGAAGGAGGGCAUGGCGGACAGAGACAGCGCGUGAGCGACCUGUUCUGAACGAAGCAGAUUCUGUGCAAAUACCCGACGAGGUCGACGAAUGCCAUCCAAAUGUCUCCAAAAGCUGACCCGCGGCCACGCAAUUCACACAAGCGCCACAUGCACAGAACAUGGCCCAGGCU